AUGGCGUCCCAGCCGAAUUCCUCCGCGAAGAAGAAAGAGGAAAAGGGGAAGAACAUCCAGGUGGUGGUGAGAUGCAGACCAUUUAAUUUGGCAGAGCGGAAAGCUAGCGCCCAUUCUGUAGUGGAAUGUGAUCACGUACGAAAAGAAGUUAGUGUACGAACUGGAGGAUUGGCCGACAAGAGCUCAAGGAAAACAUAUACUUUUGAUAUGGUUUUUGGAGCGUCUACUAAACAAAUUGAUGUUUACCGAAGUGUUGUUUGUCCAAUUCUGGAUGAAGUUAUUAUGGGUUACAAUUGCACUAUUUUUGCAUACGGCCAAACUGGCACUGGAAAAACCUUUACAAUGGAAGGUGAGAGGUCACCUAAUGAAGAGUACACUUGGGAGGAGGAUCCCUUGGCUGGUAUAAUUCCACGUACUCUGCAUCAAAUUUUUGAGAAACUUACUGAUAAUGGUACUGAAUUUUCAGUCAAAGUGUCUCUGUUGGAAAUCUAUAAUGAAGAACUUUUUGAUCUCCUUAAUCCAUCUUCUGAUGUUUCUGAGAGACUACAGAUGUUUGAUGAUCCCCGUAACAAGAGGGGGGUGAUAAUCAAAGGUUUAGAAGAAAUUACAGUGCACAACAAGGAUGAAGUCUAUCAAAUUUUGGAGAAGGGGGCAGCAAAAAGGACAACUGCAGCAACUUUGAUGAAUGCAUAUUCUAGUCGUUCCCACUCAGUUUUCUCUGUUACGAUACAUAUGAAAGAAACUACAAUUGAUGGAGAGGAGCUUGUUAAAAUUGGAAAGUUGAACUUGGUUGAUCUUGCGGGAAGUGAGAACAUUGGCCGUUCUGGAGCAGUUGACAAGAGAGCUCGGGAAGCUGGAAAUAUCAAUCAGUCCCUGUUGACUUUGGGAAGGGUUAUUACUGCUCUUGUAGAAAGAACACCUCAUGUUCCUUAUCGAGAAUCUAAAUUAACUAGAAUCCUCCAGGAUUCCCUUGGGGGGCGUACAAGAACAUCUAUAAUUGCAACGAUUUCUCCUGCAUCCCUCAAUCUUGAGGAAACUCUGAGUACAUUGGAAUAUGCUCAUAGAGCAAAGAACAUACUAAAUAAGCCUGAAGUUAACCAGAAACUCACCAAAAGAGCUCUUAUUAAGGAAUAUACAGAAGAGAUAGAGCGUCUGAAACGAGAUCUUGCUGCAGCCCGUGAGAAAAAUGGGGUAUACAUUUCUGAAGAAAAUUUUAGAGCCAUGAGUGGAAAACUAACUGUUCAAGAAGAACAGAUUGUAGAAUUGAUUGAAAAAAUUGGUGCCGUUGAGGAGGAGCUAAGUAGGGUUACGGAGUUGUUUAUGGAUAAUAAAAAUGAACUUGACCAAUGUAAAUCUGACCUGCAAAAUAAGACACAGGAACUUGAAACCACUCAAAAACAUUUACAAGAAACGAAAUUACAACUUGUUGAAGAAGAGUAUAUUACAUCAGCUUUGGAAAGUACUGAGGAGAAACUUCAUGAUGCUGCCAGCAGGUUGCUUACCACAGUUGAAGAAACUACAAAAGAUGUAUCUGGUCUCCAUUCAAAACUGGAUCGUAAGAAGGCAAUUGAUCAGCACAAUGCAGAAGCUCAGGAUGUUUUUGGCAAAAACCUGAAUGGUCUGUUUAACAGGAUGGAAGAAUUAAUUAAGGAUAGCAGCUCAAAACAAAAGGUCAUGCUAGAAGUUCACAAGACUUUGUUUGGUAACCUGCUGUCUUCCAGUGUCUCUGCAUUAGACACAAUUACUACAACAGCACUGGGAUCGCUCACAUCUGUUCCAGAAAAUGUGUCUACACGUGUUUCUCAGAUUUCUAAUAUGAUAUUAAAAGAACAAUCAUUAGCAGCAGAAAGUAAAACUGUACUUCAAACAUUGAUUGAUGUACUUAAGACUGACCUUCUAAGUUCACUGGAAACAACUUUAUCCCCCACUGUGGUGUCUAUACUGAAAAUCAACAGUCAACUGAAGCAUAUUUUCAAGACUUCAUUGACAGUGGCUAGUAAGAUAGAAGAUCAGAAAAAGGAAAUGGAUGGCUUUCUCAGUAUGCUGUGUAACAGUCUACAUGAACUACAAGAAAAUACGAUUUCAUCCUUGGCUGAAUCACAGAAGCUAUGUGAAAACUUAACUGAAGACCUGAAGACAAUAAAAAAAAUCCAUUCACAGGAACUUGACCAGCUAAUCAGUCUUUGGGCAGAGAGAUUCUGUGCCUUGGAGGAAAAGUGUGAAAACAUCCAGAAACCACUCAGUAGUGUCCAAGAAAAUACAGAACAGAAAUCUAAGGAUAUAAUCAGCAAAACAACCUCAUAUAAUACACAAUUUUGUGCUGAUUGUGAUGGCUUAUCACAGGAACUCAGACAUUUUAACCAAGAAGGUACAAAACUGGUUGAAGAGUCUGUGAAACACUGUGAUAAACUUAAUAGCAGCCUGGAACUAGUAUCUCAAGAGACUGAACAGAGAUGUGAGGCUCUGAACAAAAGCACACUUUCUUUUUCUGAACAGUGGGUAUCUUGCUUAAAUAUAAGGGAAGAAGAACUUCAGAACUUACUGGAGGUUGUAAACCAAGGUUGUGAGGCUUCAAGUUCAGAGAUUACUGAAAAAUUAAAUGAACAUAAAGCAGCUAAUGAGAACCAGCAUAAUAUGUUUUUUGAUCAGAUAACUACUGAUGAAGAAAAAUUAAUGGCACAAAGUCUAGAAUUUAAUGAAACCAUAAAAAUUGGUUUGACUAAGCUUAAUUGCUUUCUACAACAGGAUCUGAAAUUGGAUAUCCCAACAGGUAUGACACCACAGAGGAAAAAUUACUUAUACCCAUCAACCCUGGUGAGAACUGAACCACGUGAACAGCUCCUUGAUCAGUUGAAAAGGAGGCAACCUGAGCUGUUAAUGAUGCUAAACUGUUCAGAAAACAACAAGGAAGAGAUCAGUCAGGACUUGGAUGAAGAAAAGUCAGUUCUAGGGCACUCAAUAGAAGAACCUCCAAGUCAAGAGCCAUCUAUAGAUGCUAGUGUGGAUUGUUCAUCAAGUGGUGGGAUUCCGUUUUUCCAGCAUAAAAAAUCACAUGGAAAAGACAAAGAAAACAGGGGCAUUAAUUCAGUGGAGAGGUCUAAAGUGGAAGAAACUACAGAGCAUUCUGUUACAAGGAGCAGAUUACCUCUACGAGCCCAGAUAAAUCUUUAG